CUACACUACUGUUGUACUGCUCAACAUCUACAUCUGAUUCCACGAGCUAACAGUAUCCCACAACAUCGGUACACGCAGGUUUGGCCUACAGAGCAUUUCGUGGCUUGUCCCCCACUUCCUAAGCGCAUCGGCAUGCGCCCUUUCGCAUUCAUAGAAUGCGGAGAGCAGGGGAAAGUCAGCAAAGAUGACGAUUGGGUCGUACGAAGCCACUGCAUGUUGGGAAAGAACAAGAAGAGCGGGACCAGGCGGCGGAUUCGGAAAGAGAAAGUGCGAGCACCGAGUAAGCGCGAUGCAGUCGACCGACCAAAACCUAUCACGACUCUAGUCUACGAGUCCGUAGUACAUACUCCAGCAUAUUUAGACGUAAACCCCACCAUGUAUCUACCAUGGCCGGUUGACCGUCAAUCGUGGUAUUACCUGUGGCGAUUGUCGCAUUAUCUACCGGAAAUGUAUCCACUGGACGGAUAUCUCAAUGAGGACUAUCCCGUCGACGAACUCUCCCCGGAUGAUGAAGGCGCCCUUACGACUUCAUUGAUGACAGCUAGCGCACAUAACGACUACAUCUCCUACCAACCUCCAAGCAACCACACACGACACCUUAUCGCCAAAACUAUUUCCUAUCUCAACCGCCUUUUGAACAAAAAUGACGAUCGCUCAAGAAAUUCAGCAAUCUGCAUCAUGAUCCAUCUGGCCGGCGUAGCAAUGUUCUGUGGAGAGUACAACGCAGCAUCUACCCACAUAUCCGGGCUGUUCGAAGUCCUCCGCUUGUACAAAGCCCACCAAGCAAGCUACGGUGUCUCGCGCACCACCUCCCAGACCCGUUACGACAUCCUCAAAUAUAAAAUUGAGCGAAUAGCAUUCUGUCAAUUCUACAUCACAGGCGAGAGCGUGCCAUUCUACGCCCAACCGCCCUCGUGGGAACCACUUGAGAAAGAUGCCUCUUUACCCAAUGGGGAAGUCCGCACGGGGUCCUCAAAACUAGACAGCGUCUUCUACGAUUUCCGCGCGCUCACCCGUACCAUGGGACAGACGAGUGCAAGCCAGCUGAAGUUAGAAGCACAGUACUUCCGUAAUACAAUGCACUCGCUGCAGGCCCGUGUGAUAGCGCUGAACCCCGGCGAAGGCACCCCGUUUGCAGAGUGCCUGCGUCUCGCUGUAACAGCCGCGAUCACGUCGCAGACACAGUUGCCAAUGAGGCGGCUAGACCACCACCACCUGAACGACCAGUUCCGCCGCUGGAUGCCACUUCUCGAGUGCCCGGAUGAUCAAAAGGGGAGGGACGUUGUUUUGUGGAUUGUCAUGGCGGCUUUCAUAGUCGCGUUCCACCCGGAAGAGGAAAACGACGCGUGGGUUGGGAAGCUGUUCCGGGAGGCGGCUGGUGACGCCGAGGAUUGGGAGGCGGCCAGGCUGAGAGUCAUGAGCGUAACUUGGAUCCCGGGGUAUAUCGACGCGGCUGAUGAGAAGUGUUUCAAUCGCUUGCGCAAGAAGUGGCCGCUGAAGGGGCCAAGGGCAGCGCGGCAGGGCCAAGUACCGGGAGACGUAGCGUUGCCGGCGCGUAUUGCACGAUUAGAGGAGGAAAUCGAACAAUUCUGAUAGGGAUGUAUGCUAUUGUCAGCUUACAUACUGACUUGCCCUACAGAAGGUUUGGUGUGUCUCAUAUUUAGCACUCGAAGACGUGUGCAAUUAAUGCUCUCUAAUUCUACAGUUGUUGCCAUAGCGUCGAUGUCUACGUUCGAGCACUGUAAGACUAGAUCUUGAACGCAGGAUGCUCUCGUGUCCACACGAAACUUAAACAUACUGAAGGCUUAAAAAUUCAAGCUCUUGUUACUGGACCUGAAGGCGACUGUGCGUACUACGAAUGUCUAAACUCGUUGAACGCUAUCGCG